GUAAACGUUUGUCCGCAAAACUUUAAUCAGACAGCAAAACUUCAAUAGUUAAAGUGCCUCAACAAAGCUAGGAAGAUAUUAUCCACCUUGAAUCCAAAACAUGCAUGUUGCAGUGUGUUUCCGUGCAUUUCUUUUAAUAACUCUUUACGGAUCUGGUUCGUCCUCUUUGGAAUGGACUUUACAAUCUUUUCUGGGGCACUCACAUAACCUAUAUUGUGACGACCUGACCACUAACAUCACGGCACCGGAGAUCGGCCAUUGGAUCCUUCCAUCCGGGAUACCUGCAGAGGCGGAUGGUCGCCAUUAUGAAAUUGUCACCAAAUUCAACAUCCGCGGCUACAUCCUGCAGGUUACUAACAUCACACGGGAAAUGAGCGGUGUUUACAUUUGCGAAAUCCGGCGAGCAGACGGUACCACGCGAACACGAGUUUUGCGCGGUUUGAAUCUGUCUGGACCAAAAUUCCACCACUGGUUGGACAAGUACACCAAUAAUUUCAUACGAGGUGCCGUUGCUGCAGCGUGUUUGUUGGUCCCAAUGCUGUCCGUGUGCUUCGUUCAAAAGUAUCGCUAUAGAACAGAGGAAGAACUGGUUAAUAGCAACGGCUCCCAAACGUCAGCAGCCUAUAGAAACGAAGCUUUUGAUGACAUUGAAAAGAAAUCUGACAUUAUUGAUACUAGAAUGUAAUGUCCUUUUCAAUGCAAUUUUAAAGUGCCGUGCUAUGAAAAUGCAUUAAAUGUAUAUUAUAAAAUGAAAUGCAAAUUUAAAACUGCGAUAUUUCUUAAAUAUUAGGUAAUUUCAUAUCUGAGAUUCUUUUGUUUUUUUUUUGGGGGGGGGGGUGUAGAAUGGGAUAUGUUAUUGUUUUUACCAUUUUGUUUUGUAAUGCAGUACAAACUACUUCUGAUCUAUUUAAAAUAUUUUUAAUUUUAUUUUGAUCUCGGUGCAUUUCAGUCGAAAUGGGUUUUUUCCCCUUUAUUGUUACAACUGUUCGGUUUCUCUAACGAAAUAAAUUGCAUGAAUAACA